AUGGCCUCGACGUCGCAAUUCGUCCAGCUGGCCAAGAGCCUGCCCGAGCCCCUACAGCGCUUCCUCGCCCGGUGGCCGCCCGCCGCCCUCGUAGCCCCGGGCAGCGCGCCGACGUCCUUCCAGACGCUUCGACAGAACCCGUUCGAGUUCUACAAGCACCCCGUGACCGGCCGGCUGCACGAUCCCGUGUACUCGGCGCGGCGGCAGGCGCAGCUGCUGCGGAUGGCGCGCGACCACGGCGUCGCGGAGCUGAUGCCCGCCUCGGCCAAGGACCCCUCGCAGCGCCUGGCGCACCGCGUUGAGCACGGUCUGCGCGUCAAGGGCACAGGUGUCGGACACAAGGUCAAGGGUCACAUCCACGAGAGACACAUGAUUGCCAAGAUGGAACAAAGAAGAAAAGCCAUGCUGGAGAUGCCCGAUCUCAUCAAGAAGUGGAAGACGGUCGGAAAGCAAAACUGGACAAAAUUCCCGAAAUAA